UAGUAUGAUUCGUGAACCUACACGCUGCCUGAACGUUUCGUUACUCUGGGUCCUUUAACAAGAAAGCCAACACGUCAACUAACUUACACCAACAAAAGCCACAAUUGUGUCCGAUACAAACACAUUAACAAACAGGCGUUGUAAUGAGAGAUCAUACCAAGGAAAAAGCGAUGGCUGGACCGCGGCCUGUGGUGAUGAGUGGGCCCUCCGGGGCUGGGAAAAGCACUCUGCUAAAGAAACUGCUCAAGGAGUUUGAUGGUGUAUUUGGCUUCAGCGUAUCCCAUACAACGCGAAGCCCCCGUCCAGGAGAGGAGAACGGCAAAGAUUAUCAUUACGUUACCAGGGAAGUUAUGCAGGCAGCAAUAGCAAAUGGGGAAUUUGUUGAAAAUGCCGAAUUUUCAGGGAACAUGUAUGGAACAAGUAAAGCAGCUGUACAGGCUGUUCAGGGCAAAAAUUUGAUUUGCAUUUUGGACAUUGACAUGCAGGGAGUGAGGAACAUCAAGAGGACUGAUCUCAACCCCAUCUAUGUGUCCAUCCAGGCCCCGUCAAUGGACAUCCUGGAAAAAAGAUUAAGGGACAGAAAAACUGAAUCUGAGGAAAGUCUACAGAAACGUUUACAUGCAGCCAAAGUGGACGUGGAAAUAAGUAAAGAGCCUGGAUUAUUUGAUGUGAUCAUUGUCAAUGAUGAUCUUGACACAGCAUAUGGGAAAUUAAAAGAUGCUCUUCUCAAGGAAAUCCAAAAGGUCAGAGACGUCAACAAAUCCUAGAAGAGAACACACUUGCCAACAACAGCGACCUCUCUAUUCUCUUCCAUUUUCUAAAGUUGUCAGAUCGGAACAUUCCACCCAGGGAAGACUUUAUGAAGUUCGGUCAAUACUCCAACAAAGCUGAAUGUAACGCAUAUUCAUGACUAAAAGGUGCAGACUAAUAUAUUCCAUGUUCUGUAUAUUAUUUUGACCAAGUAUGUUACUUACUUUCAGGGCUAAAGCUAAAAAACAUGUAUGAUUCAACCAAGAAACACUCUAAAACUCUCAAGGCUUUGUCUUUGAACCGGUUUCUGUUUUUAUUUUGUAUACCGAAGGAAGAUGGAUAUAUCUUGGCUAUAUUGAUUGCUGUAUCUAUUUGGUAUUGAUGUAUCGAACGAGCAUGUUCACUAAUUUAUUGUUUUUCCUUUUAUGAUAACUAAGAUUUUGUCUUUGUUGCUGCUGUAUACACAUUGGAAAAGCAGCUUUCUGUUUGCGAUAUUUAAACAUUCUAGCUAUUAUCUGCACAUAUAGGCAGUGUGUUACACCUGCUUUUAUUAAUACGAUAGCAUCUGAACAUCUGAUAUUGCAAGACUUAUUUUUCUUACUAUUUCUUAAAAAAAUGGUAAUGGUUGCUUCUCAUAUGCUGGUGUUUUGGAAUCCAUAAUCACGAUUCACAGACACAUUACAUGCAUAUUGCUCAUUAAAGUGAGAUUUUGUUCUUUUUUUAACAUAACGUGAUCUGUUUAUUUGAUAAAGUUCAAGGAAAUAUAGGUGUGGUUUCAGGCUUUUAGUGUAAGGCAGCUCAUAAACACAGCCACAGUAAGUUUAGAUGUUAACAGAUGUUCAAAUUGCUCCAGCGAUUGUAAUCUGUCCCUGUCAAACGAAAUCAUCAUUUAAAAUCUGAAACUAGUCUCUUUUUUUUUCUUCUUGUCAAUUUGUUUACACUCUUGUUUAUUAGCAGUCGAAACAUUUUUUUAAACUGAUUUUUACACGAGUAAAUGCAUUGAUAGACGUGAAAGAAAUAUUUAUUUCUUUCCCAUGUGUAAUAUCAUGAACUAUGUGGUUCCAGUUUACCUGAUAUAAUGUUAUAACAUAAUAGACUGACUUUUAAAAUGCUUUCUUGUAUUUUUCUGUUGAGCAAAUACACUGUGACCACAGUUCAGCAGAAGUUUAUAUUCGUUUCUCCCAAACCUUCAAAAAACUAUGUGUGACUUAUCCAUCGAGUGUGAAAACAAUGUAAUAUGAUGUAAAUUGUGGUGUAUACAAAUACAAAAAGGUUUUCUUAAAAUGGCACAAUUGUAAAAUCACCAGACACCUGCUGUUUAUGACAUGGAGAACGAUCCUGUGUAUGUUGCGAAACAACUGCUUAUAAUUUGGUUUUUGCAUAUACAAGUUGACCGAUUUGGGUUUUUUAAUGUCUCAGAGUUUAUUUUAUUCUGUGGUGCAUCGUAAAUAUUUUGUUGAAAGAGGCCUGUCAAACAUUUGUGGUGUGAAUGAAAUCUGAAAAUGCAUUUAAUGUAUAACUGUCAUUGUUUUCUAUUUUAUUCUAACUCUUUGUACAUGUACCCUGCAGGUGUAAUAAAACUACACUAUUACAGUGAAAUACA